ACCUCGCCGCCGCAGCUCAGCUCAGCACACGCAGCGCUCGUCCAACUGAAGCCUCCAGCGAGUCGCUCGCGCCUCCCACUUCGUAGGGGAGAGACCAUGGCGCAAGCACCGCCCGUGCCAGCAGCAGCAUGUCGGCGUGUGGCAUUCGCAGACCGUGGGCAGAUCAUGUGAGUCUCGAGCACAAUCGGGCAUGACGCUCUGGGCGCUUGCUUGGGCCCUGCUCUCGAGGUGGCCAGCGCCAAGAAACACGGCAUCGCACAGUCCCAGCACUGCUCGCAGCGCCGCCUCGUCGCCCUCGGAGACAGCCAGCAGCUCUUCGUACUUCACAAGCAAGCUGCUGCGCCCUCGUCUCUUCGGCGCACUCGCUGUCGGCAGCAGCAGCAGUAGCGCCUCUCUGUCUGCCACGAGCGCUCCCGCUGCGACAGCAGGCGCCAGUCGCACGCUCGACGCCACGCUCUCGCCGCGCGCCGAGGCAGCUGCAGCCUUCAGCAAGCCCAAGAAGCACGGCCACAGUCGUUCGGCGUCCGCCAGCAGUGUGCCCUCUACCUCCACUUUCUUGAGCGGCACGCCCUCUUCUCCCUCUGCGCGACGCACAGCACCCAGUGCUCAUCGCGCCGUCUCGAGCUCGCAGCUGCGAGAGACGAAGCAGGGGAGGCCACAAGUCGUGAGACGCACGUCUUUGACGCUGGGCUUGCCGUGGAAGAAGGGCAGAAGGGGUAGUGGCACAAGCGCGACUGCGGCGGCGGAGAAAGGUGGCAGAGUGGAGAUGAGGGAGCGCCUGCGCGACGAAGAUGUGCAGGCGCAGCAGCGACGGCGGACAUCGACUGCCGAUUCGGUAGAGCUGCCCUCGGCGCUGUCGCGAAACGAACGACGACUCGCCUCAGCUUCGACUUCCAGUGAAAGCUCGGCGCUGGGCAUCUUCUUGCCGCCUGCCGUCACUGAGGCACCAGCGCCUUGCGUGCACGCCGCCGCUCAGCACGCCUCUGCCACUCCAAGCGACGUCUACCCAUCGUCUGCCCAUGCUUCGUCAUCCGACGCGCCCGCUCUCGCGCUAUGCGAUGCAUCGCCCGACGCCCACGCCACAUCGGCCGUAGCAGAAGAAGAAGCCGACUUCGCCGAGCUUCUCGCCUCCUCUUCUCCUUCCGCCGGCAUCUUUCUCGAUGCUUCUUCGGACCUGCCUUCGUCGCCUGCGCUCUCGCCAUUGCCUAUGCCGGCUGCAGCGGCGAUGCUGCGCACUGGCAGUGCGGUCAGACCGACGGCCGUGCGCAAGCCGCUGGCGUUGGGCAGGGAAGAGGAGUCGAUCGAUGCGCUGCCGUCGCCGAUCGCUCCGACGCCGAGAGCAGAGGAAGCAGCGCCUCGGCAGAUCCAGACGCCGCAGCCACAGGCGCAGCAGACGCAGCCGCAGCAGCCCGUCGAGAAGACGCUGCGCGUUCCGCCUAUGCGGCCCGGACAUGGCGAGGAAGUAGUCAGUGGGACGUGCGUGUGCGACGAUUGCGAAGCGUUGCUGCUCCUCGGUCUCAAGGACGACUACCACGCGCACUGGUCCCGCGGAGCUCGGCGCAAGUAUCUCGCGGACAGAGCACAGCGGCGCAUGCUGGCGCGCCAGAGUCUGAGCGCGGCACAGCAAUUGGCAGGGGAAGAUGUGCCGCACAGCGCAGGUGCCAGUAUUGCUUCUGCGUCGCUCGACUCGCCUGCCAUGCGCAUGGAGGCACUGCCGAAAGGCACGCAGGCUGCGCCGGAGGAUGGAGCUGCGAAGGCAGCGCUCGCGGCGGCGCAGAGGACGGAGAAAGAGGCCGAGGAAGAGAAGGCCGAGACGGACGCACAUGUGCCUUGCACUCCGGGCCUGCUCGAUGCGGCGCGCCUCAAGACCGACGAGGCCUCCUCUCGAGCCACGCCGGCACGACCUACACCACUCGUCACCACUCCCUCCGCGCAAGCCUUACUUCUGCAAGAGCUUUCCCUACAGCGCACCUCCUCUUCCUCCUCCGACAAUUCCGGCACCGAGCUCGACGACGAGCUUCUCGCCGAGAUCCUCGCCGAAGCGUCGGUACGACCUUUGCCGCCCUCCUUGCCCUGCAGCCCAACUUCGGCAUUUGGACUCGCGAGAGGACCGUCGCCUGGAGCUGGAGCGCAGAGGAUGGGAGCCAGAGCGAUGUUGAGACAAUUGGAGGCGGCGGAGAGAGAGGAGGAAAAGGCGAGCGCGUGCAGGCGCCAUGAGGAGCAAGUGAGGAAGAUGGGAGCUGCGGUGGCGGAGGGCCUUUGUAGACCAUGGACGCCUCCAGUGCGCAUUGGCUCUCCAGAAGCAGCUCGACAGCGCAACGGAUCACCUCUGCAUCUCUCGAUUCCCGCCACUUCCACAAGUCCACCUCCUGCUCGAGUCCCCUCACCCGGCCUGCUCUCCGGUCUUCGCGCUCCCUCUCCUCUCCACUCGCGCACGCCUUCGCCUCUCGGGCUUGCCGUGCCUGAAGGCAUGCCUCACCCUUCGCGCACGCCCUCGCCCCGCCUAGUCUUGCCCUCUUCGCCUCCUCUGCGCGCCGCUUCGCCCCAUCAAGCGUUCCACGCCCUCAUUGCCGCGCCCGACGUGCCUCACUUGCUCGCCAUUUCCGAACGAGAUGCGCCGGAUGAAGAAGAGGAACAAGUGCUGCCGCCCCUCUCUGCGAUUCAGAGACGGCCAAGUCCAAGGCCGACACUGCAAGGCGGCACGAUCGCACGCCUGCAGUCGCCUCCUCCGAUGACGACGACGACGACGACGCCGCCGCCGCUUCGGCCCGCCUCGCCGCCUGUCAUCUCAGCAGCGACACGAGCAGCGGCAGACCGCCUGCCCUUGCAGCCUCAGUUGCAGACACAAGGCUUGACGCUUCAACGCCCGAGCAUGCAGUCUCGUCACUCUUCCUCGUCGUCUGUCGACACGCGCCGUCGAUCGUCGAUGGGCAGCAGUGGCGCACAUGGUGCGGCUGCUCCUACCGCGUCAACGGCAAGCAUGAGCAGCAGCAGUAGCGCCGGCGGCGGCGGCGCAAGCGCGGGCUUCUUCGCAGCCAUGGCGCCCGCGGCCGGUCUGGGCGUCGGCAGCGUCGGCGUUUCCUCAACUCGACCGACGCCCCAUCAUCACGCCACGUCUUCCUCGCCGGCCUCGUCGCCCGACGAGGAGCGCAAGCCGCAGCUGCAGCAGAGACGCACGAGUGCAUCGUCGAGCGGCACGGGCACGAGCAAGCGCAAGUCGACGGAUGGAUUGAGAGGCUUGGUGGCUAGACUGCGACAGUAGGCCCCGCCUCGCCUCGCCCCUAUCUCCGCCGGCGCUUUCUGCUCUUCGACGCCCGUCUCCCCCCCCC